GUCGUGUUCUUUUUCAGGGUGUCACUGAAGCAUUAACUGCUGUUCAGAAUGUCACUGGUUUUUGUCUCCAUCUUAGCGUUAUGCCUUUGUCAAACAGUUCAGACUGUGUACCCUGGAUGUGAAAACUGUGGCUGUUGCGUUGACGGAGAAUGUAGUUUCCAAAAAGGAAAAACUGAUUAUUGCAACAAAGGAUGUAUUGAUGGUUUCUAUGGAAACAGGUGCUACAUCAACUGUCCUUGUAAUUGUGCAGCAUGUGCAAGAAAUGCACGGUAUAUAAAUGGUGUGAAGACACAUGAGUGUACUAAAUGUCCUGACGGAAAGUAUUCAAAUACUUCCAGAAAAUGUUGUUCUUUGUCCUGUCCAAAUACCUGCAUAACGUGCAUCUCAGGAACAGUAUGUACGGAAUGCGAAUCCCCUUAUUUUAAUUACGGAGCUGUAACAAACUGUUCUAUGCUUUGUCCAACAAACUGCGAAUCGUGUUCAGAAUCGGAGACGUGUCUGGCCUGUAAAGAUGGGUAUCAUAACCCAGCGUCUGGGUGUAGAAACACGUGUCCUUCCAGUUGCCAGUCAUGUUCAUCCAGGCAAAACUGUAACAGAUGCAGAACUGGAUUCUAUAACGGAAGGAAAUUAGAUAUACCCACAAACCUAUUUCAUAACAACUGUAGAUAUGCAUGUAGGAGCUCUUGUGAAGAUUGUUCGUCCCACAACUUGUGCUCAUCUUGUGUUAAUGGGAAGUACGGCAAUUACUGUGAAAAUAACUGCUCUACAGGAUGCAUGUAUGGAAAAUGUGAUAAGAGUACCGGGAAUUGUGAAUGUAAAAAUGGCUUCACAGGACAACAAUGUAAUGAAUGCGUAAAUGGAAAAUAUGGCAUACAUUGUAAUAAUGAAUGUUCCUCAGUUUGUAAGAACAAGGUAUGCCAUAAGUCAAACGGUCAAUGUGUAGAAUGUGUAACGAAUUACUUUACAAAUGAAUAUUGCAGUAGUUGUAUCAGUGGCAGAUAUGGAAGUAACUGUACCUUAAAAUGUCCGAAUAACUGUAGUUUGUGUGAGCGAUACAGUGGAAACUGUUCUAAUGGGUGCAAUGAACAGCAUGUUGGAGAUACACGUGAUAAUUACAAAACCGAAAAGUCAAGCUCGUGGAAUGUUAUAUUGUCACACAUAGGUUCGGCUUUUGGUGGGAUGAUGUUUGCCAGUUUGGUAGGAGUUGUGUUGUUUCUGCGAAGAUGGAUUAAAAAGAAAUGGCAGCGAUCUCAACAACUAGAUACAGCUGAUACAGUUUCCCAGAGGGCAAAUCGAUCGGACAGAUCAAUACCACUUUCAGAUUUACAUCAAUACCAGUCAUUGGAUCCAAGUGGACGAGAGAACAGGAACGUAUACAGUACCAUAGAUGAUAUACAAAAUGUAUAUGAGAAUACAGUAUAACCCUGAAUUGAAAGAUAAUCGAAUAUAGUAAUCUGUACAAAACUGCAUAUACAUACAGAUUCACUAUAAACAGAAAUUACGCACAGAUUGUUGAUGUUUUUGCAUUCUAUCAAGGACACAUGCUAGCCUGUUUUAGUGUUUUUUCUCUGAGAAGUGAUUAUAAUAUUUUCGUGUGAUAUUGGACAGAGGAUAUAGACUGGCUUAAUUUACAACUCUUAACACAAAAAAUAAUAUAAUCAUAGUCUGGGAGCUCGUCUAGGAUUAUCUAUACACGUUGAUAGUUCUGUUCGUCUACGAAGGGUACAUCGGCAGAAUCAUAUCAGUUGUACGUUUACUCCGAGAGUUAUUUCCGGCCUUCUCUGGUAUUAUAUUCAUAUAGAGCCAUUUGCGCAUUGAACAAACAUUUAUGUACGAAGAAUGCCGAAAUAUAUAAUCACACGGAAAUUUCCGUGUCAUUCGGGGUCACAAUUCGGGGCCACAAUCUUAAUGUAAAACAGAAUUCUUUCCAGUUCUUGUAAUAACUUAUUUUAUUAUAUACCUAAGUAAAUAAAUUCUGUCAAAAUCACAGUUUGCAUUUUACAAAGAAAUACGAACAGCCUGAAAAAAUCCCGUAAUGUAUCUUCCAAAAUUCCGGAUUGUGCCUUCCGUAUUGUAUGUUGCCGGACUUACUUUCAUUAGUAUGUAUGGGCUGACUUAAUUAUAUAAAUAGCGCACAUAAAAACAUCACUCAUUUUUUUAACAACAACAAAUAUUUAAGAUUUCGUUCGACUACAAAUGAUCAAACAAAAAGAUGGAAAUAUGUAAUAAAAGGGGCAUUACAACAGUAGCUAGAUCUGGGAUUUUGUAUUCGGCUCUCGUGGAUUUUGCAAGGACGGAUCACACUCGGCGCAUGCGCGGCUCGUGAGAUCCGAUCUAGCAAAAUAGACUCAAGGAGAAUACAGCAUCCCGGAUCGUUUUUGAAACAAGAGGCAAAUUUGAAAAAAAAAAUAAAUAAAGAAGUAUACGUAAUAUGACUUUUCUCCAGUAUGCAUAAUUUAUGAAAUAAACAUAAUUUUCAUAUUUUGCAGUAUUCAUACAUGCAAGUCCUACGUAAUUGGUCAAUAGCUGAAAAAGUACUUACGGUAACUUAUUGUUUUGACAUUGUAUAAGAUGUCUGCAUAUCUUUUAGGUCCUAAUAUCAUGUAAAAUGUGUAUUUGAAGAUGAUUUUAUUGCUAGCGGUCCUAAUUUCAUGUAAAAUGUGUAUUUGAAGAUGAUUUUAUUGCUAGCGGUCCUAAUUUCAUGUAAAAUGUGUAUUUGAAGAUGAUUUUAUUGCUAGCGGUCCUAAUUUCAUGUAAAAUGUGUAUUUGAAGAUGAUUUUAUUGCUAGCGGCUUGGUAGCAUAUGUAUAAAUAACUAGGAUAAAAUGUAUAGAUUUAGCUGGUCAUUACGUAUGUCACAUAGUUCAUUGUCUACAUUUUAACUAAUUAUACAAUUAUGCCUAUUGAAUAUAAAUAAUUGAGCAGUGCCAUGAGAAAACCAACAUAGUGCGUUUACGACUAGCAUGGAUCUAGACCAGCCUGCCGAUGGACAAAGCCAGUAAAGUUUUUGUUUUGUUUUGGGUUUAAUGCCGUUUUUCAACAGUAUUGCAGUUAUGUAACUGCGGGCAGUUAACCUAACCAGUGUUCCUGGAUUCUGUACUAGUACAAAUAAAACCUGUUUUCCGCAAGAAAGAGCCAACUUUCCCACACGAAUGAAUCAGAUGUAUUUUAUUAAUAACAUACACCGUGCCCGGGGAUCGACCCCGCGAACCUUAGAUCUGCGCUAUCCCUAUUCAGCUAAGCGGGCGGGUAAAGCCAGUAAGUACAUAGAUAAAGAUAUAUUGAAUAGAUCCUAGUAUAA